GAUACUAACAAUCCUACUAAUUAUGUCAACAUUAAGCGCCUUACCGUCACAAUUUUCAAUCAGCCCCCAAACACGAUCGUCUUUACAUCAGACAGGCCCUUGUCUUAUCGUAGGUUGAUUUGCUACUCGAGUCUGAUUGAGGUCGCAGCCGAGAAUAUGCACAACCCCCCCUUUCCAUUUUUGAUACAGCCAUCUUUUAUUGUAGUAGUCGGCUUUAUUGUAAUUAUGAAUUUGCUCGUUUCGCAUCCUCUUCCCCCGUUCUUCUCUCCUUGGUCCUCUCGUCGUGCGUGUACACUCGUUCGUCUUUAUUUCAUAGACAGUAGAGGAGAUGGACGACAUCCACCCAGACAUCGACUUUUUUCUCCGUAAAGUUACUAGCAAAUCCUCAAAAUGCCAGGUACUCGAGAUUCAAGAUUCCAAUAACGAUGGAGAACCCUUAGAAAAAACAAUACUUCUGAGUGAAGUAGAGAGCUUUCUUCGAAAAGAUCCAGGUGAACCGACCUUAAAACUCGUUCAGGUUCACGUUGCGUUCUGGAAAAAACCUCAAAAGGUCCGAUCUGAGCAAUUCACUUGGCUCGUAGAUGUAGCCGCUGAGCAAGGUAUCGAGCCAUAUCUGAUUGCGUCGAUAGCGCAACUCACGACGCAAUUUAAGGCGGUAAGCUGUGGUCAUAAAGGGAGGGAAGCACUUAGUAUAUACUUAAUUCAAUGUUUCACCCUUGGCAUACUUGGUAAGGCAGACCCAACGACGCAACUCGAUUAUGAGAAUUUGGCUGAAAUCCUAGGAGUGUCUUAUAAACCGGCAACUAGAUGUACGACGUGUCUCUGUUUUAUGAGAGACCCCGCUGAUUUGGAAGAAUUAUAUCCGUGCAUAAUAAAGUCCUUGAAGCAAAACAGGAGACUUUUCCAGAAUUGUCGCUUCAUGCCACUCUCACUUCUAAGAGCUAUGAUCAACGAAUGUAGUAUUGCAAUGGACGGGGCGUUCAGCGGGAAAGUUGGCAUUGUUAACGAGUCCAAUGCUAAGAAUUGGGAGGACGCCCGAAGUUAUCUCCGCGUCGCCCAGAGAUCGAUUCUACUGGCCGGAGAAAUCGCCGAUUGCUUACGGAAGGACCUUGCCACGAAUGCGGAGCAAGUGAAGUCCGAUACGGUAUACAGGGGUGCCACUGUUGACCAUGCGGCCAUAAUGGAGAUGUUUGGUGUGCUCGAGCCAGGUAUAAGCUCCAUGAAGCUAAGUAUUGAAUGGGAGCUGCAAAGAAGCGACGACCAACUGGCUCGGAUUGGGCGAGGUUUGAUGCGUAGGGACACGCAGCUUAGUAUAGAGCUUGCGAAAUCAAGCAAACAGCUGACGGAGCGCAGCAUCGAGCUAGCAAGGGCAGCUAAAGCAGACAGCAACUCGAUGAAAGUCAUCACGGUGAUUACGAUGGUAUUCUUACCGGGAACUUUUUUCGCGACGCUUUUCGCGGUGCCGUCUCUAGACUGGAGAAACACGGAUCAUGUUAUAGGGGGAAACUUUUGGGUAUACUGGGCUUUCACCGCACCCUCCACCGUGAUAAUUAUUAUAUUGUGGCUUGCCUUCACUCAAAGCAAAGAAAUGAGGGAUGUUGUACAUAUGGUCAAGAGACAUUGGCGCAUCGACUCACGUGAGUUUAGGAGGCGCUGGUCUGGAAUGGGGUCGGAAACUGGUGCCGAUAGUGAUUCUAAGGACAAGGAACUAAAAAAUAAAGAUCCAAAGAGCGAUGAAUCUGCCAAUGGGAGGCCAGGGAACGAGAGCGUUAAUAACGAGAGGUUCGGGGUUAGGAUGGUUGGUGAUGGGGGACUUGUGGGUAGGAGAUCCGAGGAUACGCGAGCGUUUGGAAAAGGAUCUACGAAUGUGCAAAACUGGCCUGCCAACUUACGUGGGUUGAAGGGAUAUUUAUUUGAAAGGGACUCGGCAACUAAAGCAGACGAGGUUAUACAUCUUCAGGAGCAAGGGGAAGCUUCCGGUCAGACAAGUGGUGUAUAA